UUAAAUUUGGUUGCGGGGAGUGGGCUGUCUCGCGAUCUUUCUCUACUCUCACUGUCUAUGGAUUCCACAUUCUCUGUCUCAGUUACUUUCUUUUGAAAGAAAAAAUGUUGGUUUUAUAAUGGUGUGGCUUGGAAAUGAAGGUUUUGCUUCUUUGACCUUGUGGGUUCUGCUUUUUAUAUCUUUUGUUAGGUUUUAAUAUGCUAUAUAUGUACCAUUUCCGUAAUUGUAGUGGACUGUGAGUGAAGUUAGGAAUUUGAGGAGCCACUGAUUGAUUCUUAAUUUUCUCUGAUCAGGUUGGGUUUCUAGAAACUUUGACAAUUGCAGUUUCGUGGUUGAAGGGUUUUGUGGUUUGAGUUACUGAUUGUGGGAAGGGCUAUGCAACUAAUUGUUUCGAUUCGGAGAUUUUCUAUGAGAUACACAGUUGGUGGAUAUGGAGAGGGUUUCAGAAUCAAAGGUGCUUCCUGGGAAAUUGCCCCUCGUAGGUGAGGUACCAUAUACUCGUUCGACAUCAACAAGAGUAGUGGGUCACGUGUCAAGUGUGCGCUCUGGUUUGGUGAGAGAAGAUGUUGCUUCUGCAAGAGACAGAGGUCAUUUAUCCAACGGGCGCUUGGGCUUGGUGAGAGAAGAAAUUGCAUUGGCAAGGCAAAUGGCUGAGUUAUCGAAUGUGCAUUCUCUUAUGGUAAAAGAUGUAAGAUCUAAUGCACGGGAGUCGCAAGAUUCAGACUCGCCAAUUCCUCUAAGAACAAGGAAAGGAAAGAUCUCUUUCCCAGAAGAGGAAGAACUUAUGUCUGACUCUCUUACAUUUAAGGGAAGUGGAGAUUCAUUUGAUGAAGGGGGCCCUAGUUCUUUCUCUGGGGUUAGUCACCCUCCAGAACCUGUUGAUAUGGAUUUAAUGAAAACAGUGUAUGUACCUAUUGGUCAGAAUAAGUCUGAGGCUGGAUGCUUGAUGAAGAGCUUAUCUAGGAAAGGCCCUUUCCUCGAAGAUCUUUCCCUCCGGGUUCCUGCUAAGAAACCAAAUCCAAUUGUCCUUUCCCCUUCAGAAAGCUUGGUUGAAGAACCCAAUGACUUAGGUGCAUUGUCUCCACCGUUUGCAGUUCCCCGUGCAUCACAAAAUACAGAUAAUUCACUCCCUCCAGAUUCUGAGGAGAAGGAGUGUGUUUGGGAUGCUUCUUUGCCUCCGAGUGGCAAUGUAAGUCCUCUUAGUAGCAUCGAUAGUACUGGUGUUGUCACUGCUAUGAGCAUUGUCAAUAGCUGCACCGGUACAUACAGGAGUGACGCAAUCACAAGUGAUGGCAUGCUUAGCAUUGAUAGGAAUUGUGAAAGUACCAAAGGGAGUGUUAGAGGGGAUUCACUUGAGAGUGCAAAAACUAGCGUUAGUCGAGCAAGUGAUAGUAGUGGCCUUAGUGAUGACAGCAACUGGAGCAACAUUACUGGGAGUGCCAAUAAGCCCCAUAAAGGAAAUGACCCUAGAUGGAAGGCUAUUCUUGCAAUUCGAGUUCGGGAUGGGAUUUUGGGUAUGAGCCAUUUUAGAUUACUCAAACGGCUUGGUUGCGGGGAUAUUGGCAGUGUCUAUCUUUCAGAACUGAGUGGAACACGCUGUUAUUUUGCAAUGAAAGUAAUGGACAAGGCAUCCCUUGCAAGCAGGAAGAAGUUGACUAGGGCUCAGACGGAAAGGGAGAUUUUGCAACUGCUGGACCAUCCAUUCCUUCCAACUUUAUAUACACAUUUUGAGACCGACAGGUUCUCAUGUUUGGUCAUGGAAUAUUGUCCAGGUGGUGAUUUGCACACUCUGAGGCAACGGCAACCUGGAAAACAUUUCUCGGAGUAUGCUGCGAGAUUCUAUGCUGCUGAGGUUCUGUUGGCACUAGAGUAUUUACACAUGCUUGGAGUUGUCUACAGGGACUUGAAACCUGAAAACGUGCUUGUUCGUGACGACGGCCACAUAAUGCUUUCAGAUUUUGACCUUUCCCUGAGAUGCGCUGUUUCACCAACCCUGAUAAGAACUUCAUUUGAUUCUGAUCCUUCAAAACGAGGAGCAGGUGGUGCAUUCUGUGUCCAACCUGCAUGUAUUGAGCCCUCAUCAGUGUGCAUUCAACCUGCUUGUUUUAUCCCUAGGUUCUUUCCUCAGAAAAGCAAGAAGAACCGAAAACCUCGAGCUGAGCCUGGGUUUGCCACCAAUGCACUUCCGGAGCUUGUUGCAGAGCCUACUCAAGCUCGGUCUAUGUCCUUUGUUGGAACCCAUGAAUACCUAGCCCCUGAAAUUAUUAAGGGAGAAGGCCAUGGAAGUGCAGUCGAUUGGUGGACGUUUGGUAUAUUCUUGCAUGAAUUACUGUAUGGUAAAACUCCUUUUAAAGGCUCAGGAAACCGUGCUACAUUGUUCAAUGUGGUGGGGCAGCAACUAAAAUUCCCAGAUUCACCAGCAACUAGUUAUGCAGGCCGCGAUCUAAUUCGGGGAUUGCUAGUGAAAGAGCCACAACACCGGCUUGGGGUGAAAAGGGGUGCAACUGAGAUCAAGCAGCAUCCCUUCUUUGAAGGUGUGAACUGGGCUCUGAUACGAUGCAGCACACCACCAGAAGUACCAAGACCAAUGGAAGCUGAGCUGCCAGGGAAAUUUGGGGCAGUUGACACUGUUGGUGUCGGAAGCAACAGUAAAAGGAUGGUUGGGGCAGACGUGAAGUCCGGGGGUAAAUAUCUAGACUUUGAGUUCUUUUAGUUUGGAUCACAUCACAGGAUUAUUGUUCUGUCAUGUAUUGGUACCCAUCAUUUAAAUCGUAAAAGAGUAUGCCUGAUUUACUUAACUGUGUUCUCUGCUAAUGAACUUGAGCUUACCUAGCUUAUAAAAGAAAAUCCCCAUUUUAAUGGGGAAAACUGUUCAGUAAAAUUUUAUGUAGCGAUAGACUUCACCUGGUUCCUUCAUGAUGGUCCCUUUUCAAGUUAUCUGGAUGUUACCAAUUUUAAGGAUGAGCUGUACGAGAAACCAUUCUUGCGAAGGACCAAUGAAAUGAGCAAGCAACAAUGGAUUAAACUCGAAAACUAUAUGAACUUAAUGCAAUGCUUGACGCGGAGGAGUCUCUUAUGAGACGAAAAUCUCGGGCCCUGUGGUUGAAAAAUGGAGAUAGAAAGACGAGAUGGAGAUAGAAAGACAAAAACUAUAUGAGCUGCUUAUCUUGAAGGUCGAGUGAGUUUCAUGGACUAGAACCUGGCAUAUAUGCAGGAAAGUAGGAAAUUUUCAUAUUCAUUUUAUUUCUAUGUUUCCGGGUUGUGGUUUAAAGGACGCCACAGUCCUCAUAUGAAGCAAAGCAACCAAGAUUAUGGUGAUGCAGGAUUUUUGUAUUUUUUUAACUAAUGAGGCCAAUGGAAUUCGAAUUUGGGACA